AUGUCGCGAAGUCACCGCCCCUCGACGACGCCCAUGGACUUUGAGUGGACAAACCAAACAGGCCCCAUCGACGCUCAAUCGCCUUUCCUCGCUGCCAGCCAACAAAAGAAGCGUGAGUCCCCAGGCCCCUCUUUCCCUUUCGGACGAGACACACUUGGGGAAACACAACCGCUGACUUCAGGGCCUUCUUUCGGCCAGCCAGGUCCUCACUCCGUCCUAGACUCGCCCUCCAAGAACGGUUUCGCGACUCCAAAUCGGCUGCGCGACCCCGACAACCGCAUGACAUACUUCAGCCGCGAUCCCAGCAAGCCGCUACCGUCCACACCCGCAUCUUCGGUGCCCGCACACAUCCAACCGAGCCCGUGGUCUAUGCGAACGCCCUCACACGACCUCGACUUCAGCUCAGGCGGGGAAACACCCGGCACACCACAGGUAGACAGCGACCCUGGCACACCAGACACACAAUUGGCGAGCAAGAUGGGGCGGUUGGGCAACGGCGAUGUAAAGGGCGGGCGGCGAGACAGCUGGUUCAAGCGGACCUUCAUGUCCACGCCGAGCCCCACCAAAGAGCGGGACAGAGAGCGGGACAAGGACAAGGACGCAUCGCAAAAGUACUACUCCAAGAAAGCCGAGAACCGCAUAGUCAAGCGCCGGUCAGAGCGAUCACGGUCCAAGAAGCGCGCCACGGUACACGACGACGACGGCGAAGAUUCCGACAACGAACAGAGACGGCCAGCGGUCCCUCCCAAAGAGGCGGGGCCCGUCCAGCAGACUCUCGCCAUGAGCGUAGGCGGCUUCCUCUCAUGGGUGGAAGCGCAUCCCAACCUCCCCUCCGUACUGUCCUACUACCUCCAACUCACCGUCAACAUGUUCCUCGGCAGCCUCUUCAUCUACAUCGUCUACUCCGCCUGGGCGGGCGUCAUGACGGACGUCGACAUCGAAUCCUCCAAACACGCAUCCGAAGUCAUGGUUGAAAUCGCCGGAUGCGCUAUUGAAUACAACCGGAAUCGCUGCCGGCCGGAGGAAGUCGUGCCGGCUAUGGAGCGGGCUUGUGGUGUCUGGGAGACGUGCAUGAACCGCGAUCCGAAGAAAGUUGCAAGAGCGACGGUGACGGCGAAGACGUUUGCUAUGAUCUUUAACUCUUUUGUCGAGGAGUUUAGUUAUAAGUCUAUGCCAUAA